AUGUGUAAUAACACGAGUCAGGCCUUAAGUAGGAGCUCCAACCCCAAUAGUUUCCAGAGUAUUUAUGAUGGAGCAAGAAACUGUUCAUGCACUGACAGUGGAUAUAACAUUGAACAAGACUCUGAUCUUAGGAAGCACCAGACACCUCAAUCUUCAGAUAAGGAUUCUAAAAGUCAUACAUGUAGGAAUAUCUUUUAUCGAGCAUCAGGUCUUUCACUAAAUAAGACUACACAUACUGGAGAGAAGACUUACAAUUGUAGUGAAUAUGAUGUGUCUAAUCAGCCUUCAGUACUUAUUCAACAGCAGAGUAUUCAGAAUCCACAGAAAAACUACAAGUGUAAGAAAUGUGAGAAAGUCUUUGCUAACAUACUCAACCUAUGUAAACAUAGGGAAAUUCAUGCAGGAUGGAACACUUUCAAAGGUACAGAAUGUGACAAAGCGUUUAAUCAGAGUUCAAAACUUAGUCAACAUCAGCGAAUCCAUAUUGGCCAGGAGCCUUAUAAAUGUAAGGAUUGUGGCAAAGGCUUUAUUCAACACAGAGAUCUUACUUGCCAUCAGAGAAUUCACACUGGAGAGAAACCUUAUAAAUGUCAAGAAUGUGGAAAAGCUUUCAGACAAUACGCAACUCUUAGUAAAGACCAGCGAAUUCAUACUGGAGAGAAGCCUUAUAAAUGUAAGGAUUGUGGCAAAGACUUUAACCAGGGCUCAGGCCUUAUGUACCAUCAGAAAGCUCAUACUGGAGAGAAGCCUUAUAAAUGUAAGGAUUGUGGCAAAGGCUUUAGCCAGCUCUCAGGUCUUACUUGCCAUCAGAGAAUUCACACUGGAGAGAAACCAUAUACAUGUCAAGAAUGUGGAAAAACUUUCAGUCAACAGGCAAAUCGUAAUAAACACCAGCAAAUUCAUACUGGAGAAAAGGGUUAUAAAUGUAAGGAUUGUGGCAAAGGCUUUAGCUGGCACUCAGACCUUAUAUCCCACCAGAGAGUUCAUACUGGAGAGAAGCCUUAUAAAUGUAAGGAUUGUGGCAAAGGCUUUAGCCGGAACUCAGGUCUUACUUGCCAUCAGAGAGUUCAUACUGGAGAGAAGCCUUAUAAAUGUAAGGAUUGUGGCAAAGGCUUUAGCCAGCUCUCAGGUCUUAUUUGCCAUCAGAGGGUUCAUAGUGGAGAGAAGCCUUAUAAAUGUAAGGAUUGUGGCAAAGGCUUUAGCCAGCUCUCAGGUCUUAUUUGCCAUCAGAGGGUUCAUACUGGAGAGAAGCCUUAUAAAUGUAAGGAUUGUGGCAAAGGCUUUAGCCAGAACUCAGGUCUUAUUUGCCAUCAGAGAGCUCAUACUGGAGAGAAGCCUUAUAAAUGUAAGGAUUGUGGCAAAGGCUUUAGCUGGCACUCGGGUCUUACUUGCCAUCAGAAAAUUCACACUGGAGAGAAACCUUAUAAAUGGCACGAAUGUGGAAGAGCUUUCAGUCAAUACGCAAUUCUUAUUAAACACCAGCAAAUUCAUAGUGACGAGAAGCCUUAUAAAUGUAAGGAUUGUGGCAAAGGCUUUAUUCAACGAGGAGGUCUUACUUGCCAUCAGAGAAUUCACACUGGAGAGAAACCUUAUAAAUGUCAAGAAUGUGCAAAAGCUUUCAGUCAAUACGCAACUCUUACUCAACACCAGCGAAUUCAUACUGGAGAGAAGCCUUUUAAAUGUAAGGAUUGUGGCAAAGACUUUAGCCGGCACUCAGGCCUUAUGUACCAUCAGAGAGUUCAUACUGGAGAGAAGCCUUAUAAAUGUAAGGAUUGUGGCAAAGGCUUUAGCCGGCACUCAGGCCUUAUGUACCAUCAGAGAGUUCAUACUGGAGAGAAGCCUUAUAAAUGUAAGGAUUGUGGCAAAGACUUUAGCCGGCACUCAGGCCUUAUGUACCAUCAGAGAGUUCAUACUGGAGAGAAGCCUUAUAAAUGUCAGGAUUGUGGCAAAGGCUUUAGCCGGCACUCAGGCCUUAUAUCCCAUCAGAGAGCUCAUACUGGAGAGAAGCCUUAUAAAUGUAAGGAUUGUGGCAAAGGCUUUAGUUGGCACUCAGGUCUUACUUGCCAUCAGAGAAUGCACACUGGAGAGAAACCUUAUAAAUGUCAAAAAUGUGGAAAAGACUUUAGUCAACACCCUACUCUUACUCAACACCAGCGAAUUCAUACUGGAGAGAAGCCUUAUAAAUGUCAGGAUUGUGGCAAAGGCUUUAGGGACCGCAAAGUUCUUACUCACCAUCAGAGAAUUCAUACUGGAGAGAAACCUUAA